CGUGACUGUCAUCAAGCAGCGGUAGAGGGGCAGAGAGCAGAGUCGGAUCUCCGCUCGUCUGGAUCGGUGGGACGUGGAAAGUGGGGGGACAGGCAGCCAACCUCGGGGUUCAGCGAAGAUGGAAAUAAGUCGCUGUUGUCGAAUAUCUUCGCUGUGCGCGUUCAGAGCCGUGUUGUAACGUUCAGGGCAACUUAACCACACAUUGUGUUUGGCACAUUUUGGCGUGUUUUGGAGCCCACCAGCGAUACGAGCUAGCUUUAGCAGCCCACCGCUGAGACUGUCAGGCACACAGGUACGGGAGAGGAGAGGAGGGGUCGGUGACAAAGGAAGGUGGCGAGGUAACGAUGAACCGCUUUCGGAAGUGGCUGUACAAGCCCAAGAGGACGGACCCUCAGCUCUUGGCCCAGUUCUACUACGCUGAUGAAGAGCUGAAUCAGGUGGCCACUGAGCUGGACGGCCUCGACGGCAGGAAGGACCCUCAGAGAUGUACCCUGUUGGUCAACCAGUUCCGCUCUUGCCAGGAUACUGUGUUGAACAUUAUCAAUCAGAUCAUGGAUGAAUGUAUUCCCAACGACCGGGCCAACAGAGACUUCUGUGUCAAGUUCCCAGAGGAGAUCCGUCAUGACAACUUGGCAGGGCAGCUGUGGUUUGGGGCUGAGUGUUUGGCUGCCGGCUCCAUCAUCAUGAACAGGGAGAUAGAGAGUAUAGCAAUGAGGCCCCUGGCUAAGGACCUUACACGUAGCCUGGAGGAGGUACGCAACAUAACCAGAGACCAGGCCCUGAGAGACCUCAACUUGUACACGGACCGUAUGAAGGACGCAUUGCGACAUUUCGACGGCCUUUUUGCUGAGUUUGAGCUCAGUUAUGUGUCAGCCAUGGUGCCUGUGAAGUCGCCCAAAGAAUAUUAUGUACAGCAGGAAGUGAUUGUGCUCUUCUGUGAGACUGUGGACAGGGCCCUAAAGCUUGGCUAUCUCACACAAGACAUGAUCGAUGACUAUGAACCCGCACUGAUGUUUACAAUUCCCAGACUAGCCAUUGUAUGUGGGCUGGUUGUGUAUUCAGACGGACCUCUCAACCUAGACCGAAAAGCAGAGGACAUAUCUGAGCUCUUCCGGCCUUUUCGCACUUUAUUAAAGAAAAUCAGAGACCUGCUCCAGACCCUGAGUGAUGAGGAGUUAAUGACACUAGAAAAAAAUCUGUGUAUCACUCAGGAUGCGGACUUAGACAUAGACCAGGAGCAGGCCACAGACAGCUCACCAGCUCCAGUCCAAGAGAAUCACUCAUCCUGCAGCCCUGCUAAUGACACCUCCAAAGGGGAGAGUGAGGGUGAACAGGAGCAUCUGGCUCCAUUUUUCUGUCCCAGCCAGGAGGAGGAGCUGACGCAAGUGGAAAAAGGCUGGGAGGAGGUAGAAAUGGGAGGGGAGGAGCAGGAGCAGGGCCUGCUGUGUGAGGAGGCCGAGGAGGCUGAGUUGGCCUGUUCCAUGCAGUACGAUGAGGAGGAACUGGAGCAGCUCAACAUGAUGGUGUACCGCGUCGGGGACGAAAUGUCCACCUUUCUGUUGCCUCCCAGCCAGGGUCAGUCACCUGCACACCAUCCCCACAGAGGAGAGGCAGGAGGCUCCAGUGGGUCUUCUAGCACUGAAGCCUCUCCCCACAGGCUCCUGGUGGGCCGUGGAAGGACAGGCAUCUAUUUAGAGGAGGAGGACAAGGUCUUCUUCAUGGAGGACCUGGACGCAGCAGGAGACGGCAUCACCAGCAUUUCAAGAGAGGCCUGCCGUUGUAUCACCUCUCCUUCCAAAGCACCAGAGUCUGCUUGUCCUGUGCAGCGCAAGCUGGGACCACAGCCACCCUCUGCCAGGAACGGUUGGUACACUGAAGCCCAGUCAGAGCAGCCAUGCCCACAGCCACGCAGCCAGAACACACACUGUCCUAAAGCAAAGCACCCUCCUUGCACUUCCGCUCCUGGCUCUGAAUCUUUGCCUUACGCCAACGGAUGGGAGAUGGGCUUGGAGGGGACAGCGUCUGAAACAGCGGAGGUCAUCGCCCACCGUAUGGGCGGGAUGAAGCUGUCGGCCACGGUCAUCUUCAACCCUCGUUCCCCCAGCUUGACAGAGCUGGCCAUAGACAAGCUGCUGCUGCCAAGGCCUGCUCCCUCUGAGAUUGAGUCCUGUGGCCCUCUGGUGGCCACUCACUGCCUGCUCAACUCCUGUGUCUGUUGUGGGAGCUGUGAGGAUGGUCAUGAGGAUGCCAUCACUGCAGAGUCCACUGGACUUGGGUUAGGCCUCGCCCUGGGAUUGGAUAACCACUGUAAGACGGCAGCCCCCAGCGCCGUCUUCCAGUCGGCCGCUUGCCGACUGCCCCAACAAGGUCACGAGCCUCACAGCAAGGGUGAGCUCGCACAGUUGACUCCCCCUUCUUCUCGCUGCUCGGCAGAGACCCUGGACGAGGAUUCAAACUCCCAGCUGUGUGAGAAGUGCCUGGUCGUGUCUCCAUGGCCGGGGCAUCACUCUCAUGACUCUGGCUCCAGUGGAGGGGAUGGACCCUCCCCGUGCAACGAAAAGAGGCAGCAGGCCACUGGAGGCCGACAGAGGGACCAAGAGACGGAUAAGGACAAGCCCGGAACUAAAGACUUGAAGAGGGACACCAAAGAGGACAGCACGAGGAGCUCCAGUUUUCAGGGCUCUCCCCUCAGCUCUGUGUCAGGUAGUGACUGUGAAAGUGUGUCGGUCACCACAUGUAGUCUGUCAAGCAGUCCAUACACUCCCAGCCCUGUCAGCAGUCUGACCCCCAGCUCAGGGAUGUCAGAAGACCUGGACCAUCAGGAGAUCCAGCUGGCCCUGCAAAACGCCAAGCUGGCCGCCAGGAACAAGAUCCGAUCGCGCUUCCACAGCAGCAGCGACCUCAUCCACCGUCUCUUUGUUUGUAUAUCGGGUGUUGCUGAUCAGCUGCAGACCAACUAUGCUAGUGACCUUCGCAGCAUCCUCAAGACUCUGUUUGAAGUAAUGGCAACCAAGUGUGAGGAGGGAGACGACGAUAACCAAAAGAAAGGGCCUGUUCUCCGUAGUGCUGUGCUGGAGGACUGUGCCCUCUGUCAGGAGACCAUUUCCUCAUCUGAAUUGGCAGCCAAGGCCCGGGACGGCCAGUUCGAAGACCCUCCGGACUGGGUCCCAGAUGAAGCCUGCAACUCCUGCAUUGCCUGCAAGGCUCCCUUCACUGUCAUCCGCAGGAAGCAUCACUGUAGAAGCUGUGGAAAGAUCUUCUGCUCGCGCUGCUCUUCCCAUUCUGCUCCUUUGCCCCGGUAUGGCCAGGUGAAGCCCGUUAGGGUUUGCACACACUGCUACAUGUUUCACGUCACACCCUUCUACAGCGACAAGGCCGGCAUCUAACUCCACAAAGCACACAGUCCGCCACAACAAACAUAUGCAACGGACAGAUCGAGGGCUGUGAACAAAGCAAAUGCCACACGACUCCGGUAUACCUAAUGGAUCGUCGUCGUACCUGCUGUACAAGGCUGCGGUGUGAGGCCAUUACAGAUGACAAAGCAGAGACGAGACACGCAGCCACAAGUGAUGAUUCGACCCGUUUCUGUUGCUUCGGAGAGACUGGCAACCAAAGGGUUUGAUUUCAGUUCCCAUUCAACACACAAGAAGGAUUUACAAAUGCUUGCCUGAUUAUAGAGGUGUAAAGGAGAGAGCGGAUGAACAGGCAUUAACAGAUUUUGAACUGGCAUUGUGCAACAGUCCUCUGUAGCAGUUUGCAGCACAAAAUCAAAACGGGCCACCUUGCUUGAUUUGCUGCUUUAGGUGUAAAUGAAAGGACUUGUGACAUAUUUUCUUAUUCUUUUGCGAGCUUCCUACAUUUGUGCCAGGGCUCCCACGGGACUCGGAUUACUCAAAAGAAUGUAAGUCAUGAAAACUAUGUAAAUAAGGAUACAUCUGGUAAUAGCUACACUACAAUGUCUUCAGUUAACUAUUUGCUAUUUAUAUGGGAACUGGAAAGCAAACUUCCCCACACUACCAGUCCCAGUAAAGCAAAAUGAAAAACAGACAGCUUUUAUAUUAAGAUUCUUUCAUGCUUUUUAAUGGCAAUGAAUGUGUAAUUCUUUAUCACUUUGUCAAAAAAGCGUCAAGGUUCCAACAAGUUUGACCGAUCAGCUCUUUAUGGCAAUGGACUGUGCCCACUGCUUUUACAGUUGCACCGUGGCAUGUUCAGUUUCCUCUGAGGACUCCGCUGCAGGCUGAGAUGAUUAAAAGGGAUUCUCUAGUCAUCACUGUCGGGUCUUGAAGGCCCCCUAGUGGAGAGUUGACCUCUCUUCGCUCAGUGCCCUCAUCACCAUGUUGUGUACAAUUUGUUCUGAACCAGAGGCCUUCUAAGGUGCUGGCCUACGGACUACAGGCCGAUUGAUGCCCAUUGAUUUCUCUUCCUACUCACGCUCGUUAUAGUGCAAUAUUACUACUAACUGCAAUGGUCCUGCACAUUUUAGAGACGGCACUUAGCUAUUUUAAAUUGUAGUUAUAGGCCAUUUCCGAGGCGAUAAGCUGUGCUGAUUUGGGUUUACAAAUAACUAUUUCCAGCUUUGGCUCUGGUGGUACUGUUGGACAGGAACAGAUAUUUUGCUCCCAAAUUGACAUAAUUUGCACCUGACUUCCUUUCUGCUCUUGAAUCUGCUUCCAUUGAAUGACUACGUACAAAGUAUCUUCCAUGCUCAUGAAACAACAGAGUUUGUGUGUCUGAGAGUGGCCCGUCAAAUAAUGGACCUUUUGAGCAACAUCAAUUAGAUAUCACAUCAUGUCCAUUCUGCUCUGACUUAAAGCAGUUUCUCAGGCAUUACAUAAUCAAAAUCAUUCACUACUCUUGGAUCAAUUUUAUUUUCAUCAAAGGACGUAUGAACUCACUUUGAAAAGGUUUUUUUUUUUCCUUUUAUAAAGAACAAAACUAAUGUAUCAAGCUAUAAUUACUUUUAUGUAAAAUACAAGGAAUCAUGCAGUAAUUAAAGGGUUAUUGUUUCAGAGUUUGGUCUUAUUUUGUAAAAUUAAUUUCCAUGAUAAGAGCUGUGUAAAGUAUUCAACAAACAAAUAAUGUUAUAUAGUUUUAAAUGCGAUGUAUAUUGAAAUAAAUUACUUUUUCCUGUUUAAAA